AUGGCUCUACUACUUAGAACCAGGUUCCAUAACCGGGGUAGUCUAAAAAAGCAAUUCUUAAAGAAAUUUUUCCCCGCCUCUAGAGCAAACAAUAUUAGGAAAGAAAUUUAUGAGAUAAGACAAACCUUUGGAGAAUCCCUCUCGGAAUACAGGGAAAGAUUCAAAGAGCUUUGUGCUAGCUUUCCUCACCAUCAUAUUUCCGACCCUUCUUUAAUUCAAUAUUCUUACUUCGAUCUUUUGUCUUCCGACAGGAAUACGGUAGAUGCAGUGGCGGGAGGAGCUCUAGCCGAUAAGGCACCCACCGAAGCACGGGAGCUCAUUUCAAAAAUGGCAGAAAAUUCUCAAAGCUUUGAGAAUAGAGCAUCGGAGCUUGACAAUUCUCUAACAAAAGAGGUAAGUGAGUUAAAAUCACAAAUGUUAAAUAUGACUACUCUUCUUACUUCUUUUGUACAAGGUACUCCUCUUAAAGUAACCAAGUGUGGAGUUUGUGGCUUGGUUGGUCAUCCAAAUGACAAAUGUCCCGAGGUGAUCGAGGAUGUAAACAUUGUUCGAAAAUAUGACCCCCACGGUAAUACAUACAAUUCGGGGUGGAGAGACAACCCAAACUUAAGAUGGGGGAAUGACAACCAAAAGCAUACACAAGCACCAUCCACAUCUUCAAACCAAGGUACGAAUCUUGAAGAUAUUAUCAAAGCUUUGGCAACUAACACUCUUUCUUUUCAACAAGAGAUGAAACAACAAAUGACUCAACUUACUACCGCCAUAAGCAAGAUGGAUGGGAAAGGCAAACUUUCGGCUCAAUCGAACUAUGCUAAUGUAAGUGCCGUUUCACUAAGGAGUGGUAAGAUUCUUGACACUCCCACCACCAAAGAGAAAAAGGCAACUUCCAAACCCUUACCUCUUAAUACUAAGAAUGAGUGCAAGGAAGAAAAGAUUGAAACAAACCCCUCACCAUAUAAUUCUAAAAAUGAUAAAUUUCCUCUUAAUGAUUUUACUCCUUACAUACCUAAACCUCCUUUUCCCUCUAGGUUGGCUCCAAAAAAGAAGGAAACACCCAAGAAGGAAGAAAUCUUGGAGAUGUUUAGAAAGGUGCAAAUCAACUUGCCCCUUCUCGAUGCAAUCCAACAAGUCCCGAGGUAUGCAAAGUUUCUAAAGGAGUUGUGUACCAACAAGAGGAAAACAAAAGAAAGACCAAUGGUAAGUCAAAAUGUUUCGGCUCUUCUUAAGAGUAAUAUUCCGGAAAAAUGCAAUCACCUCGGUAUGUUUUCUCUACCUUGUGUAAUAGGAAAUAGGCUAAUUUCUCAUGCAAUGCUUGACUUAGGAGCAUCCAUAAAUGUCAUGCCAUACAACGUCUUUAAAGAUCUAGAACUCAAUAAUUUGCAAAAGACUAGUGUAUGCAUACAACUAGCGGAUAGAUCUUUUAUUUCACCAUUAGGAAUAGUUGAAGAUGUCCUUGUGAAAAUUGACAAACUAAUUUUUCCGGUGGAUUUUUACAUAUUAGAAAUGAAUGAAGCAUGCCUAAAACCAUCUCACUCUAUUUUAUUAGGAAGACCUUUUCUUAAAACUGCUAAAGCCAUUAUAAAUGUUGAUAAAGGUUCCUUGAGUGUAGAGUUUGAUGGAGACAUUGUCACAUUCAAUAUUUUUGAAUCCAUGAGAUAUUCGGAUGAAUGCUUGUCUUUAUGUUCAUUAGAAUUGCAUGAUGAAGUUGAUGAAUUGUCUAUACAUUAUGAAUUUCUUGAACAAGAAAUAGUUGAAAAUAGAGAAUUGUUAGAACCCAAUGUUGACUAUGCUUUAGAAAAAAAUAAUUGUGAUAAUCUUUUCUUUUCUCCAAAGAAACUACGGAUUGAGCUCAAAACUCUCCCCCCACACUUGAAAUACAUAUUCUUAGGAAAAAAGAAUACGUUUCCCGUAAUCAUCUCAAGGGAACUAAACCAAAAACAAGAAGAAAGACUUAUCGAAGUCUUGAAGAAGAAAAAGUAA